UUAUGUCUAUUCUGUAUGAGAAAAACAAUUAAAUUACAGCUAUGAAUAGCAGAACAGGCUAGCUGGUAUAUGGGAGAGUUAGUCAUUUUCUGUGUUUAGGGUUUCGCAGGAAGAUUGUGCAGAAACCAGAAUACCACCUCAAACUGAGAAGAUCUGCAGAUACUACUCUGAAGUAGAAACAUUUCCCAGAAGCAGAGCAGCAGGGCGACGGUGUCAGUGCUGGAUGUGAAGAUGGGGCACACUCUGCUCUGUGUGCUGUCCUUAUUCUUGCUGAAUACACUCUUCUACGGAAAGGCUGAAGAUCCUGAACUGAAGGCCUCUCUGACAGCAGACAAGACAGUUAUACCAGCAGGGGGCAGUGUGGCACUGACCUGCUCUGUGAACGGCUCUGCUGGUUUUACAUAUGAGUUCCUCAGAGUCAUCUCAAACACUCAUCAACUUCAGCGCUUUAAAGCUGGUGAAUCAGACACAGAAAAUAUUUCCCAAGGAGGCGUUUACAGAUGCAGAGGAUGGAGACCAGAGAGAAAUUCUUUCACAGCUGAAAGUGAUUCAGUCACCAUUCAGGAAACUGUUCCCGUUAGGGUCAUACUGCAAACCUACUGGUCUGUGAUAUACAGUGGUGAGAAGAUCACUGUCAGAUGUGAGAUCCAGGGAGGUGGAGGCACUGGGUGGACGUAUGAAUGGAGAACACCCAGCUCAAACAAUCCUCCAUCACGCAGUGAAUACACUAUCAGCAGAGUUACUGAGUCUCACAGUGGAGACUACAGCUGUAGAGGUAGCAGAGACUAUUACUUAACAGAGUGGAGUCGGGUCAUGAGAUUGACAGUAUCAUCUGAUAAACCCAAGGCCACACUGAGAGCAGACACAACAACCAUACCAGCAGGGGGCAGUGUGUCACUGACCUGCUCUGUGGAUCGUUCUUACAGCUGGAAAUACGUCUGGUUCAGACGAACCUCUGUCUCUUCUAAAGCUCAGACUGUAAGAGACACAGACCAACCAAACACAGUCAUAACACAAGGAGGCGUCUACACGUGCAGUGGAAGGAGAGGACAACCAGAGUUCUUCACACAAGAAAGCAGUAAAGUCACCAUUAAGGAAACUGUUCCCAGUAGGGUCAUACUGCAGCCCCACUGGUCUGUGAUAUACAGUGGUGAGAAGAUCACUGUCAGAUGUGAGAUCCAGGGAGGUGGAGACACUGAGUGGACGUAUGAAUGGAGAACACCCAGAUCACUCAAACCUUCAGGUCAACAUGAAUACACUAUCAGCAGAGCUGCUCUGUCUCACAGUGGAGGCUACAGCUGUAAAGGUAGAAGUGACUAUUCCUUAACAGAGUGGAGUGACGUCUUGACAUUGACAAUAUCACCUGAUAAACCCAAGGCCACACUGAGAGCAGACAGAACAACCAUACCAGCAGGGGGCAGUGUGACACUGACCUGCUCUGUGGACGGCUCUGAUGACUGGAAAUACUACGGGUUCAGACGUGACUCACACUCUGCAGCUGAUCCAGUAAGAGAUGUUAGAGGAGUUAUGGUUGUCACAGAGGGAGGUUUCUACCGCUGCAGAGGAGGGAGAGGAGACCCAGAGUUCUUCACUCAGAACAGUGAGGAAGUCCUCAUUCAGAAAACUGUUUCCAGUAGGGUCACUGUGACUCUGCAGCCCAACUGGUCUGUGAUAUACAGUGGUGAGAAGAUCACUGUCAGAUGUGAGAUCCAGGGAGGUGGAGGCACUGGGUGGACGUAUGAAUGGAGAACAACCAGCUCAAACAAUCCUCCAUCACACAGUGAAUACUCUAUCAGCAGAGUUACUGAGUCUCACAGUGGAGACUACAGCUGUAGAGGUAGCAGAGACUAUUACUUAACAGAGUGGAGUCGGGUCAUGAGAUUGACAGUUUCAUCAAAUAAACCCCAGGCCUCUCUGACAGCAGACAGCAGAGUCCUACCAGCAGGGGGCAGUGUGACACUGACCUGCUCUGUGAACCCAUCAUCUGGUUGGAAAUACUACUGGUACAGAGAGAAUAAACUCUUUGAACCUCUGAACACACAUGAUGCUGUUUCCCAGACAACUGGAACAACCAGUGUCUCACAGGAAGGACUCUACAGGUGCAGAGGAGAGAGAGGAGACCCAGUUUACUACACACAGUUCAGUCAGUCAGUUGAGAUUGACACCAUUGUCCCAAACACGGCUGUUGUGACUCUGCAACCAAACUGGCCUGAGAUAUACAGAGGAGAGACGAUCACUGUCAGCUGUGAGAUCCAGGGAGGAGACACUGAGUGGACGUAUGAAUGGGAAAUUAACAGCUCACUCAAACCUUCAGAUCAACAUGAAUACAGGAUUAGUUCUGCUUCAUCAUCCCACAGUGGAGACUACAGGUGUAGGGGCAGAAUGAAAAGUGCACAACAUAAUACAACAGAGUGGAGUGAUUCGGUCAAAUUGACAGUGUAUGACAAUAAACCCCGGCCUGUCCUCACUGUGUCUCCAUCAUGGCUGAGUCCUGGAGCCUCAGUAACUCUGAAGUGUGAGGUUGAACUUCCAUCUGCAGGAUGGAGGUUCUACUGGUACAAGGCUGUUCCUGAUGGAUCACAGCGCUCCUACAGCUAUGAGCUGCUCCCUGGAAGCAGCAGUGGGACUGAACAGGAUUCCUACAUCGUCCAUGGUCAGACACACACAGCAGGAUAUGUGUGUAAGGCUGGAAGAGGAGACCCAGUGAUUUACACUGAGAAUAGUGAACUAAAGUUUGUCUGGUCUGGAGAUGUUCGUCCAUCAGCGUCUCUCACAGUGAGUCCUGACAGAGUGCAGCACUUCAUCUAUGACUCUGUCUCACUGAGCUGUGAGGGAAACUCUACUGAGUGGAGAGUGAGGAGGUUUGAUGAGAGUAAAUACCUGUCACACUGCUCUGACUUCGGGAUAAUUACUGGAUCCACAUGUAACAUUUACAGUUAUGGGCCCAGUGAUGCAGUGUACUGGUGUGAGUCUGGAUCAGGAGAGUUCAGCAACACAGUCAACAUCACUCUACAGAAUUAUUAUGGUAUUAUCCUGCUGAGCCCCGUCCGUCCUGUGACUGAGGGAGAGUCUGUCACUCUUGGCUGUAAACUCAGGACAGAACAACAUCUUUCCAGUGUGUUUUUCUAUCAAAAUGACAAACUCAUCCAAAAUGAUUCCAGAGUGGAGCUGAAUAUCUCUGCAGUGUCACAGUCAGAUGAAGGUUUCUACAAGUGUCAGUCCUCAGGACGAGAGUCAGCACAGAGUUGGAUGUCAGUUAAAGCUGUGCCAAGACCUGAAAGCUCUUCAUUUCCCGUGUGGCUGAUCGCUCUGCUGGUUUGUGGAGUCGUCCUUGUUCUUCUCCUGCUCCUGUUGUUUCGCUUCAGACAGUCCAAGGAUUCACGCUUCAUCAGGCCGAUCCAGUCACAGAGCACCAGCUCAACCACAAAUUAUGGAGUUCACCAGAAUGAAAUUCAACAUUCACGCUUCCUCAGGCCGAUCCAGUCACAGAGCACCAGCUCAACCGCAACUUAUGGAGUUCACCAGAAUGAAAUUCGACGUAAUGAAUACGCCUCUCCUCUAAAUGGUGAUACUUGUCUCUAUGACACAAUCAGAGACUCUGAAGAUGCUGACAAUGGUGAAUCCCAGGAUGUGACAUAUUCUUCUAUUGAACUUAAAAACAUUAGAAAGAAGAAGAAGCAUCUUGAAGCAGCUGAGACCUCCGUUUACUCUGAUUUGAAGACAGGAACAGACAAUAGUCCCAUGUAUGCCGAGGUCAACAUCAUCAGCAAAGGAAAAGCCAAGAAAAAGAAAGGAAACUCAACUCCUGCUGCAACUGAUGAGACUCUUUACUCUGAAGUGGAAGGACCAGGAAAAUCAACUCCUGCUGAAACUGAUGAGACUCUUUACUCUGAAGUGAAAAAAACAGGAACUUCUUUUGGUCUGUAAAGAAAGCUGCAUCAUCAAAACCAAAGUAAAAUGGCUGACAGUAUCUUCUGAAACAAUUGUGAGCACCUCUGCUUUCCAAAUAUCAGACAUGCUCACUAUUUUAUACUGUUAAUUUGUUAAUAGAUUAUGUAAAUAAAUUGGUUUGAUACUAUUUUAGCACAAGGCACAACAGAUCUGAGGUGUAUUCACAUUAAAUAUUUAUGAGUGGUGUUAUUAUUAUUAUUUUUAUUUUUAAUAAUUUUUUUAAAUUUUUAAGUUAUUUUGUCACUUAUUUGUACGAUUUUAGUAGGAAACUUUGAAUACAGGCUGUUCCAAAAAGCAGCAACAAUUAGCAGUUUGAUGCAUUAUAUUUCAGCUUUAGUACUCAAGUUAUUGUGCAGUUUUAAAGUCAUUAAGUGUGAGAUGAUAGAUGUUAGAUUUCAACAGUGUUUUGUGUGUUUAACCUGUUUGACAUAAUGUGAGUGUGAUCCAGCUGUUCUCAAUAAAAUACCACCAAUACGA